AUGUCGGGCCCCGGGCCGCGGGAGCCGCCGCCUGAGGCGGGCGCGGCGGCGGGCGCCGAGGGCGGCGGGGGCGCGGCGGGCGCGGCCGACCUGAGCCUGGUGGAGCUGACGGAGGUGGAGUACACGCAGCUGCAGCACAUCCUCUACUCGCACAUGGACGCGGCCGACGGCGAGCUCGAGGCGCGCCUGGGCUCCGCGCUGCUGGCCGGCCCCGCCGCGCCGCCCGUGUACCCCGUGCUGUGCCCGCCCGCGCUGGCGGCCGACGCGCCCUGCCUCGGCCACAUCGACUUCCAGGAGCUGCGCAUGAUGCUGCUGGGCGAGGCGGGCGCGCCGGCGCCGGGCGCGGCCGAGAAGACGCCGGGCGGCGCGGACGGGGCGCGGGCGCGGGCGGACGGCGCGGCCAAGGACAGCGCGGGCGCGGCGGGGCCCGAGGGCGCCCCCGAGGCCCGGGCCAAGUCGGCCGUGCGCGUCCGCCUGGAGGACCGCUUCAACAGUGUGGCGGCCGAGCCGCCGGCCGCGCGCGGCCCCGAGGCCCCCGAGCCGGGCGUGGCGCUGAACAAUUUGGUAACCGUUAUUCGACAUCCAUCUGAGUUGGUGAAUGUUCCUCUUCAUCAGCAACAAAACAAAUGUACAACGUUAGUGAAAAACAAAACUGCUGCUGCAGCUACUGCUUUGCAAUUUACAUACCCGCUGUUUACUACAAAUGCGAGCUCUACCAGUGCAACCUCUCAUCUUUCACAAACGCAGAGUUCUAGUAACUCAUGUUCUAUACUUGAAGCUGCCAAGCACCAGGAUAUUGGAUUGCCUAGAGCAUUUUCUUUCUGUUAUCAGCAAGAAAUUGAAUCCACUAAACAGACUUUAGGCAGUAGGAACAAAGCUUUGCCGGAGCAGGUUUGGAUUAAAGUGGGAGAAGAAGUGCUAUGUAAACAAGCAAUAAAUAAGAGGAAUCGGAGCAGAAUACGUCAGUUGGACACAAAUGUAGAACGAAGAGCCCUUGGAGAGAUUCAGAAUGUGGGCGAAGGCUCCACAGCCGCACAGGGAGCCUGGCAGUCCUCGGAGUCCUCACAGUCGAACCUGGGGGAGCAGGCCCAGAGCGGGCCCCAGGGAGGAAGAUCUCAGCGUAGGGAGAGGCAUAACCGAAUGGAGAGAGAUAGAAGGCGCAGAAUCCGCAUUUGUUGUGAUGAGUUGAAUCUUUUAGUCCCGUUCUGCAACGCCGAGACUGAUAAGGCAACAACUCUUCAGUGGACCACAGCAUUCCUAAAGUAUAUUCAGGAAAGACACGGAGAUUCUCUUAAAAAGGAAUUUGAGAGUGUAUUUUGCGGUAAAACUGGCAGAAGGCUAAAGCUGACCAGACCAGACUCCUUGGUGGCCUGCCCCGCACAGGGGAGCCUACAGAGCAGCCCCGCGAUGGAGAUCAAGUGAUCAAGUGGCCGGCUGGACAGGAAUCCUCCGUGAUCCGCACGCGCUUCUGCGACCCUGGAGCUCCGCCCUGACAGUCUGACUCGAGAGGGACGGGACUCCAGUAGGGACUUUGAGAGCACAUUUUGUAAAAAUAUUUGUCUAGAACAAAAUGCUUAUCCAUUAAUGUCCUCUUAGACCAUUUGGGGAUAAAGACAUCUUGAUAAUUAGUAAUUUUUCAAUUAUCUGUCUGAUUCCAUCAUGUUUUCUUAACAUGAUAACUUAAAAAAUUAACAUCCUUUGUAAUUUCUCUGGUCUUAAAAAGUACAUUCCUUUUUACUUAUUUUCAUUUUAAAUAUGCCCCUUUAGCAAUUGGAACACGUUAAAUUGCUCUUCACUAGAAACAGUUUGGAAAUUUUAUUGUAUUCGUUAUCUCACCCCCUUGUAAUGAUCUCCGGUCACAUGGUGCCGUGUUGCAAAAUGCAGCACUGUUUUAAACCUUUUUGCUAAAAAUUUUCCAGACACUUCCUUUAAAGCUACUUUUGACCAUAAAUGAAAUACUGUCUCAGUAGAUUUCAUAAAUGCCCACAUUUUCAUAUUGAGUCAUUACUUUAUGUGUAAUAAACUGUGGUGUUUGGAACUGA